AUGCCUGAGAGCGUGGUGCCCGGCGGGGAGGACCGCAUCGGCGCCCUCCCGGACGAUCUCCUCCGCCGCGUGCUGUCGUUCCUUACCUCGCGCGAGUCCGUCUGCACAUGCGUGCUCGCUCGCCGCUGGCGCCACCUCUGGAAGUCCGUGCCCGUGGUGCGCGUCAUGGCGCCGGUGCCCAUCGAUAGAGAAGGGGAGGAAGAGCUCUGGUUUGUUAAUUCGCUGCUUCUCCUCCGCGACCGGGCGCCGCUGCAUGAGGUCGAUAUCAGAACCUACCUCGACGACCCAUCCGCACCCCUCAACGUUGAGCUGUGGCUCCGAUAUGCGGCAUCCUGCCAUGUUCGGGUGCUUCGAGUUUGGGUGCUUCGAGUUUACAGUCGGCGUCUGCAGCUACCCAACGUGACUCUCAUCUGCCAGCACCUGACAGUAUUAGAUUUCGCUGGUAUGAAAUUUGAGGAACCCACUCUGAAUUUUUCAAGCUGCCCAAUGCUAGAGGUAUUAAAGAUGUAUGAUUGUAAAAUCAGCGCCGAGAAGAUCUUGUGCAAAUCGUUAAGGCAUCUAACUAUGGAGAUAUGCCGUUUUGACCUGUAUGGCCGCACUCGUAUCUCUUGCCCAAGUCUCACUGCCUUGAAACUAGUUGACAAUUUGGGUUGGACUCCUUCCCUUGAGAGCAUGCCGUUAUUGGUAACGGCACUUGUCAGGUUUGAUGAAGAAUGGUAUGAACGUCAAGCGUGUUAUGAUCAUUGUCUUAAUGGUGGUUACUAUGGGGACUGUGAUGAUGAGUUAUGUCCUUCUUGCCUCUGUCAUGGCGAUGACUGUGUGCUUCUAAAAGGUCUAUGUGACGCUACAAAUUUGAAGUUGACAAGUGCUCCUCAAGCGAUUAUUUGCACCAGGGAUUUUAAAUGGUGCCAUACAUUUAGCAAGUUAAAAACAUUGUUUCUCAAUGAGUGGUGUCUGGCUGCUGCCUUCGGUGGACUGGUUUACUUUCUUCAGCACUCACCAAUUCUAGAGAGGCUUACCCUUCAACUUAGAUUUGAUGAGCAACAAUCUAUGGAUGGAAAAGAUGAAAGCUACAAGCCAAGAGAACAAUUUUUGGUAUCGAAGAAUCUUAAAGUAGUCAAAAUCAAGUGUUGCAAGGAAGAUGAAAGGAUUCACCAAAUUGUAAAGAUCCUUGUUAGCCUUGGAGUACCUCCUGAUCUUAUUGACAACCAACAGAACAGUGUGCAGUCUGAUUGCUCCAGUUUCGAGCAGGAGUAG